UGCUACCGCACCAACAACGACCAUGAUGGUGGCCCUUGUACAUCACAGCCCCGACAACCGUGGGGAGCACGAAACAGACGCUUGGAUUUUUUUGUCCAGCGAUCCGAACCAUGACUUCGACUUCCAUCACGCAGCGAUGGAGGUCGUUGUUGCGCACUACACGACGGGACCGAAGUCUGCGGCCACCGCUGGGAGUGCGGCCCCACGAGUGCACAUGUUUACGGACGGGUGCGGCAAGCAGUACAAGGGGAAGCGGAACUUUCGAGCAGUGGCGCAGAGCCUGAGGAGGCUUGGUGUCCGCAUUUUGCACAACUUCGCCGUCACUUCUCACUUCAAGGGCACGCAUGAUGGCAUCGGGGCGCUCAUGAAGCGCCUACUUCGGAACGCGGAGAUGCAUGGCACGCGUAUCCCCGACGUCGACGUCGCGCACGAGUUUCUUCUAGGCUACGCCGUGGAGGCGGACAAGGCGCGUGAAGGCCACUUCACAACCUGGUCCCCUUACCGGAUCAAGAGCUUCGAGGUCAGGAAGUUUGGCCCCAAGGAAAUUCCUCGCCCACCGAUAGAUCUGACGGGGAUCCCUGGAAGUUCCAAGCUGUACUUUUUCACGGGAACAGAGGACGAGCAGGAGGACGUGCAGGAUACCUUUAGUCUUGUGUGGGCUACUAGUGUGGGGGUGCAGACAGACGAUUUUGUGGUGGGAGCGGCCGGAGACAAGGUGUUGACGGCUAGGAAGUGGGUGGUAGACGAGUCCAGGGCAAGGAAAUGGGCCGCCCCCAAGAAGUUCACCAGAUCUUGGAAGUUGCGGGUUCGGGGCGCAUCGUGCUACUGCUCGACUUGCCGAAUAGGCUGCUACGGUGACUGCAUGGUAGCGAAGGUGUACCCCGACUUGGUUGGCGAGGUGAUGGAGAAGUCGGGAAAAGAGAUGGUUGGGAGACGCACGCUUGGGACUCAAUUGACCGGCGUUAUUCUUCCGGUCAUAUCUUCGGACGAGUCCCCAGUGGCGCCUACGCUUGACGAGAGCAUGGGGGAGGAGGAGGAGGAGGAGGGGGAGGAGGAGGGGGAGCGGGAGGAAGCGCAAUACGUAAGCUCAAGAGGUCGCGUAAGUAUCGCGAAGAAGAGGUUCCCGGAGGUGGGCUAGGGAUGGAUGGAUGUGUUGGCUGCCAACCACAAGAAUGGAACUCGUCGACGUUUGUUGUUCUUCUUGCUUUUUCUGGUGUGGUGUCGAACGCAACGUUUGCAAGUAUUGUGCGCUACCCUUUACUCUUGGUGGUAAUAAUAUGGGCAAAUCCCCGUUUUGUCCCCGGGGGGGGACACAAAUUUCGUGUCCCCUGGUGGGAAGUGGCCAGUAAAAUGUGCAAAAACUGUAGGGGUUUGUUCUACCGGAACAGCGGUCAAAAAAGCGCUUAAAAUGGGCAAGAUAUGGGCAAAUCCCCGUUUUGUCCCCGGGGGGGGACAGAAAGUUCGUGUCCCCUGAUUUGCGUGUCCCUAUACAUUGAGUAAGACAAAUCACCAAGUUUCGCUGAAAACCCACCUUCCCAACCCCGGAUUAAAAAUCUGAGACCGAAUAUCGCAUCUACACACCGAGAGCAACCCACAACUGAAUUUUCAGAGCUUAGGUGGUUUGGCAACAUUAUCAAUCUCAACCCCUUCCCGGCAUAUCCCGGAAGGCGCCCCACAACAGUCAUUCCCCAAGCCAUGUUCCGCGUACGCC